UGGCGGCUUAUUUACUUCUGUAGAUGCGAGUUGUGUUGGCUUGUUUCUCAUUUCAUUCAUGUCCAAGCUUGUUACAGAACGCACAAACUAGUUUGAAGAACAAACAAAAAUUAUGGAACCUGGCAUUGAAGCUGUCAAAACUACUGCAGACAAAACUAAGGCUGAGUUAGGAGAUAAAAAUGUCAACUCAUCUUUCACAUUCAGAAAGCCUUUCCCAGAAGUUAAAGCAGCGACCUCAGCACGGUUGGGUGGAGCAUCACAAACUUUAACGCCACAAACUACAUCAACAGAAAAAUAUGAAGACAGUAAAUCAACAAUUCAAGCGGCUAAACAAUUUCUACAAAUAGCGAAAAUAAUCAGUCGACUAGAACUUAUAGAGAAAGCUCUAUUUUCUCUUCAAGACAGCAAACAAAAGACUGAAGAUGACAUAUCAGAAAUAAAACAAUGGAGAGACAACUUGCAGACAGAAAAAAAUAAUAUGGCAGAACAAUUUUGUAAUCAACAUAAUCUUGAAAGCCUCAGACAAGAAAUAAGAGAACAAGAUGACAAAAUAAAGGAGCUGAACAAAGAAAUUGAGAGUUUAAAAGAAAAGGAAGCACAGUCAAACAAAACACUAGAAAAACUUUCUCUAAAAAUCAAAGAAUAUGAAAACAACUUAAACCCAAUAAAUCAAGAGAUUGAACUUAAGACAGACAGUCUAACACAGGAAGUUAGAAUUCAUUGCUCUCUGGUGUCUUCUAUACAAGACCAACUACAGGAAAACAUGCUACAUACAACUUGUAACUUAAAUGAGUUAUAUGCUAAGUUUGAAAAUCAAGCGAAGGAUGUUUUGAAGCUUGAAAAUCAAGUAAAGGAUGUUUUGAAGCUUGAAAAUCAAGUAAAGGAUGUUUUGAAGCUUGAAAAUCAAGUAAAGGAUGUUUUGAAGCUUGAAAAUCAAGUAAAGGAUGUUUUGAAGCUUGAAAAUCAAGUAAAGGAUGUUUUGAAGCUUGAAAAUCAAUUAAAGGAUGUUUUGAAGCUUUCAACACCUUUGAAUACAAUUAGAUCUAAAUCCCCUUCAUGUAAACCUUACAUCUGUCAACUGCACGUCGACAACAACACACCAGUAACCAGGGGAACCAUUGUUUCUACAUUCUAUAAUGUGUGGGAACGUAACGGCUGCCAUUUUAAUCAGACAACAGGCAAGCUUGUAGCACCAGAAGAUGGCAUCUAUCUCGUCAUUGCAACAUUGCUGGAGAAUGAAAAUAAACUAAUUCGAGUGAAUGUUUUAAUGGGGGAUGUGUUAUGCAAUGAAGUUUUUGUCAAGUCUGCCCUAACAUCAGUCUGUGCAUCAACUGUUGUUUCCAUGAAGAAAGGCGGAGAACUUUUCUUUCAAGUGGCUCAAGCUGAUGUAGGGGCAAGGCUACAAGGAGGAAGUGGUUUCACCAUCGUUAGAUUAUAA